CGGUCGUGCAGUUCCCGCACGUCACAGAGAGCUGAGCAAGCGCCGGGUAGCGGACUGGCGAUACGAUUUUUUUCAAUUUUCCUCUCGUUGCGACUCUCGAACUGCGAGUAACGGGGAGACAUGGAAAACUUUCAUCGAGAAUCCUGCAUCACAGUCCAGAAUGUGUCAACACAUGGAAAUUGAGUAACAUGGAAAUCGCUGUCGCAAUUGGUCAAGUCCAUAUGUGCCCAGUCCUGCGCUCUCCUUUGUCUCAUUUCCCGGUCCGGCCAUAUCAGUCGAGCGGGAAACAACUCUCCAUGCGCCGAUUUGCUUCGCUUUCAGUGAAAAUGCCGUCCCAUUACCCCACGUCCUGUGACACGUUUGUCGUUCUGGCGCCCGCAGCCGCCAAAGACCGAGUUGUUUUUGGCAAGAACUCCGACAGGCCCCAAGGCGAAGUUCAAGAGGUCCAGUAUUUUCCUGGUGCGACCCAUGAAGCUGGCUCAAAAGUGAAAUGUACCUACAUCGAAAUCGAUCAGGCGGAGUCGACGUACGCGGUCGUAUUAUCGAAGCCCGUCUGGAUGUGGGGUGCCGAGAUGGGCUCCAACGAGAACGGUGUUGUGAUCGGCAACGAGGCUGUCUUCACUAAAGUCAACCCCGGUGGAUUGAAGGAGAAGAAGCUCAUCGGGAUGGAUCUGGUUCGCCUGGGUCUCGAGCGCGGCAAAUCAGCCAGGGAGGCCGUAGAUGUGAUUACGACUUUAUUGGAGAAAUACGGACAAGGUGGUCCAUGCAGCCAGGCAGGAGACUUGUUUUACCACAACAGUUUUAUCAUCUGUGACAAUCAGGAAGCGUUCGUGCUCGAAACGGCCGACGCAUUUUGGGCAGCUCAGAAAAUAUCUUCCGGCUACCGGAACAUCUCGAAUGCACUCACUAUAGAGACCAAUUUUGAUUUGAGCUCCGAAGAUCUGAAGGCUAAGGCUCAAGCUGCGGGUUUCUGGGACGGUACUGGAGAUUUCAGCUUCGCGUCGGCCUUCAGCGACGGUGACGCUUGUCCCCGGUAUGCGGCUGGUAAAAAGCUUCUCGAGGCUAACGCCAGCGGCGAAGGCAACUUCGGUGUGAACGACAUGGUCAGCAUCCUCCGAGACAAGGAGAGCGAGAUAUGCCGCGGUGUCGACGCCAAACACCCCACCCAAGGCUCACAGGUCUCAGUUCUCAGCAAAAACGGUCAUAGCUGUCAUUGGUUCACUGGAACACCAGAUCCAUCGAUGUCCGUUUUCAAGCCCUUCAUCUUUACCGAGGGCGUGCAGAACUCGAAGCAUAUCGUGGCGGCAGACGGAUCGACUACUCUCUAUAAUUUCCAUCAGAAAGCCAAUCAUUCUGCUGAACUGAAUUCUUUGCUCAGAGACCUGGAACAGCGAUGCAUUUCGGAGAUCGACCAGAUCUUGGACUGCGGCGCCAAGCCCGAGGAACUCCGGGAGCUUUUCAAGGACGCCUGCGAGACCGAGUACAAAUUCUACAAAUAAAUGGAUCCCAUCGGGUGAUCACUUUCAGUACCGUUCCAGACCGACGAGAAUUCGCACCUGUGCACGUAGGAUCAAUCAAGGCCUAUUUGAGGAAAAUCCAGGAAAACUACACUUUGUAUCGAUCGCUCGAUGUUUCUCGGACGAAUCGAUGGGUCACGAGCACUUCCUCAAAGACUCAAAUUCUUGAAUGGAUUUAUGAGGAUUUCCAUCAGAUUUUCCAGGAGCGAACGCCUCCGUUCCUUCUUCUACUCACUUAUUUAGCUUAAUGGGAAAAUCGCGCUGGCCCAAGUAAACAAUGCGAUGGGGCAAUCGAGGCAACGACGGCGAAUCAUCGAUCGUCAAUUAUUUGCAUGAAAUGAAUUGCUUCAGACCGACUUAUUUUGUGAUACGGGUGCUGAGGAAACAUAAGUUCGCACUUGCCUAGCGGGACGCUCGUUUUCCAGCCGAAGUACCUUUGAGUUGACGGCCGACCGCAUACAUCACAUUUCUCCCGUAUCGGCGUCUCGAUGGAAUAGGAUUGGAAUCAAGCUUUACUCUGUCUUUAUAAGCGAUAGCUAUAGCCCCGUUGUCGGAAGUCAGAAAGUAUCUUUCGCGAUGAAAGUCUACUCAAUCUGCGAGCGAAACCUCAAUAAAAUAACUUGCUACCU